AUGUCUCAUUUUCAGGUAUCCAACAUCAUCAAUGUAAAUUAUGUCCAUAUUUACAUAAGAAAUUCACUGGUACUUCCUAUCUCAGGUGGUGUUGGCAGUGGGAAAUCUCAAAUGAGCAAACGUGCUAUAGCUGGAACUGCAGUAGGCUGCAGUUUUCUUCUGCUUGCCCUAAUGUCCGGGGCGACAUUUGCUAUACUGAAAAAGAGAAGGCCAGAACAAUCAUCAGGACGAGCAAAUCCAUUCGCUUCAUGGGGAGUUGCUCAAAAAGAUAGUGGAGGUGCUCCACAGCUCAAAGGAGCCAGGUUCUUCUCUUUUGAUGAACUGAAGAACUGCACCAACAAUUUCUCAGAAAGUCAUGAAAUAGGAUCAGGAGGCUACGGAAAGGUUUACAAGGGAACGAUUGAGGAUGGAACAGGUGUUGCAAUAAAAAGAGCGGAGUAUGGAUCAAAGCAAGGUGCGGUGGAGUUCAAGAAUGAGAUUGAACUGCUGUCCAGGGUUCAUCACAGGAACCUAGUAAGCCUGAUAGGAUUUUGCUAUGAACAAGGGGAGCAGAUGCUAGUGUAUGAAUAUGUUUCUAAUGGUACACUGCGAGAGAACUUGCAAGCAAGGGGAAUUUACCUGGACUGGAAGAAGAGGCUCAGGAUUGCUCUUGGCUCAGCUAGAGGACUGGCGUAUCUUCACGAACUUGCUGAUCCACCUAUUAUCCACAGAGAUAUAAAGUCCACAAAUAUCCUUUUGGAUGACAAUCUGAAAGCAAAGGUUGCUGAUUUUGGUCUGUCGAAGCUAGUUGCGGAUACCGAAAAGGGACACGUUUCUACUCAAGUCAAGGGAACACUUGGCUAUCUGGACCCCGAGUACUAUAUGACGCAGCAGCUAUCGGAGAAGAGCGACGUCUACAGCUUCGGCGUCGUCAUGCUUGAGCUACUAAGCGCCAGGCUGCCCAUAACAAAGGGCAGAUACAUCGUCCGGGAGUUCAGGAUUGCCAUAGAUCCCAACGAGCACGACUACUACGGCUUGCAGGGCAUCAUCGACCCGGCCAUCCACGACGCCGCCAAGUCGGCCGGGUUCAGAAGGUUCGUGCAGCUGGCCAUGGAGUGCGUGGAGGAGUCGGCUUCAAAACGGCCCACGAUGAGCUCGGUGGUGAAGGAAAUCGAGACGAUGCUCCACAAUGAGGGGCUGAGCUCAUCCGGCUCGUCUGUCACGGAGUUCGAGCACGCAGGGCAAGCCACCGGAGGCCCAUACGGCGGUGCGGUGGUUGUGACCGGAUCGAGCAGCAGCAGCAGCAUCAUAUCGGAAGAACCCUCCCGGUCCCACCGUGGAACUCGGCACUAAGCUCCCCGCACGCUCUUUGCCUACUCAGUGGACAUUUUAUGGACAUUUUUUUUCCUAAUCAGUCGUUGGAACAUGCAAUCCGCCCAAAUUUGAAGGCCAUGGCUCGAAUGCCCGAUUAGCUUAAGACCAGAUCAACCAACGGUCGACGGUGAAUUCGUCUGUGUAACGUUAAAUAAAGCAAUGGCUAAUGGAAUCGAAGCUGCUCUAAACUCGUGAUGGUAGAUCGCAGCUUCGAAUUAAG